ACACAUGACCUGUGUUUGUUUUACACAUUUUAUAAAGUGUUGAGCACAUUUACAAUGCAUUUGGCAAUCUACGUGGCUUAUCUAGUUUAACAAAUUAAUAUUCAUCAGACUGCGUCCUUCGACGAUCUGUACUAGCUAGAAUUUGGAGAAGAAGCUAAAGGUGCUAAAACCGGAUACCAGGGAUGUCUGGAAGCUUUUACUUUGUCAUGGUUGGUCACCAUGACAAUCCAGUAUUUGAAAUGGAGUUUCUUCCCGCAGGUAAAUCGGAGUCAAAGGACGACCAUCGCCACUUGAACCAGUUCAUUGCACACGCAGCCCUGGAUUUGGUGGAUGAGAACAUGUGGUUGUCCAACAAUAUGUACCUGAAAACCGUAGACAAGUUUAACGAGUGGUUCGUCUCUGCCUUUGUCACUGCUGGACAUAUGAGAUUCAUCAUGCUCCAUGAUGUAAGACAAGAAGAUGGAAUAAAAAACUUUUUUAAUGAUGUGUAUGAUUUAUACAUCAAGUUUGCAAUGAAUCCCUUUUACGAGCCAAAUGCUCCGAUCCGCUCCACCGCCUUUGACAGGAAAGUGCAGUUUCUUGGCAAGAAGCACCUCUUGAGCUGAUCCAAGAAGAGGUGAACACUCAUGAAAUGCAAAACCAGGCUGCAUGUGCUGGCUCAGUUUUAUUACCUUCUCUUGGUCUAGCUAACUAGGCCUACUUCAUACCUUUACACUUGACUCUUGAUAAUUCAUGCACAGUUGUCAUCUUAAUAAGAAUAGCUAUUUCUGUAAUAUUGCAGUUCUUUAAACUGGAUACAAAUAUGGCUUAUCAACUAACAUCUAACUCCUAUAAACAUUCUGUGGAUACUGCACUAAAAUACUGCAUAUGUAUAUAUAAUUUUGAUAACAAUUCAGUCAUGUGUUCUUGGUUACUGACCACAACAGUUCAAGCCACUGUAGUGCUUAAAAAAUGUAAAAUAACAGAAACUGGGGGAGUGUGUAUGACUGGAUCUCGGAAGCUGUGUAUUUUUACUGAGUGCAGUUGUAAAGAUUCAUUACCGCAUUUCAGACUGUUGCAGUUUGUAUUUAUAUUUUUCCGCUGGACCUGGAAAGCCUGCUGACCCCAGAGAUGGGACUACUUAUAUCCAGAAGACAUUUUAAUUUCAAAGGUGUGGUAAAGAUGAUGGCACUUUCAGCUGCAGAGGGAUGGCUGCGAAUUAGGGUCGGUCUUUUCCUUCCAAGCAUGUUGUAUAUCCAUCUGAAAAGUACAUAUAUGCAUUGAAGUCUAAUUUAAAAACAGCUGUUAUCCAUUGGCUUGAACUGAGUGUUUUGUGUUUAUCAAAAGAUUAUCGUCCCUUCCACCUAUAAAUUCUUUCCAGUUAGACGUGGACAAACUUGUUGGUACCCUUACAGCCCAUUGAAACAAUGCUUCAUUCCUCCUGAAAAGUGAAAAAGUAAAAGCAAUUGUCUCAUGUAUACCUGCAUGCCUUUGGUAUGUCAUAGAGUAAAGCAACCAUUCACACUAUCCUGUUCAGAUUGAACAGGAUAGUGUGAAUGGUAGACAAAGAGCCAUGGAACACUUCCAAAGAGAUGCAAGCUGAAUUCCAAGGUCAAGGUACAUCAGUGUCUGAUCGCACCAUACGUUGCUUUUUGAGCAACAGUGGGCUCAAUGGCAGAAGACCCAGGAGGACUCCAGUGUUGAAAGAAAAACAUAAAAAAGCCAGACUGGAAUUUGCUAAAAUGCAUAUUGACAAGCCACAAUGCUUCUGGGAGAAUGUCCUUUGGUCAGAUUAGACAAAACUUGAGCUUUUUGGCAAGUCACAUCAGCUCUAUGUUCACAGAUGAAAAAAUGUCUGGCACAGGGUGCCUUGAAUCUGUGCAGGGCACAAUGAAAUCUCAAGACUAUCAAGGCAUUCUGGAGUGACGUACACUGCCCAGUGUCAGAAAGCUCUGUCUCAGUUGCAGGUCAUGGGUCCUCCAACAGGAUAAUGAAAAUGAAAAACACGCAGCUAAAAGCACCCAAGCAUGUUUCUAAGAACAAAACAUUGGACUAUUCUGACGUGGCCUUCUGUGAGCCCUGAUCUGAAUCCCGUCGAACAUCUAUGGAAAGAGCUGAAAAAUGCAGGCUGGAGAAGGUACCCUUCAAACCUGAGACAGCUGGAGCAGUUUGCUCAGGAAAAGUGGGCCAAACUAUCUGUUGACAGGUGCAGAAGUCUCAUUGAGAGCAACAGAAAUCACUUUGCAGUUUGCAGUGAUUGCCUCUGAAGGUUGUGCAACUAAAUAUUAGGUCAAAGGUCCCAUCAUUUUUGUCCAU